CAAGGAUGUUUGUCUACUAGUUUCAGUUUGUUUGUUGAUUAUCAUUUGAUUAUUUUCACCGUGAAUAUUCAAGUCAUAGCAAUAUUAUUGCAAAUCUGCAUUUUCGAUUUGGUGACUUCAGUGCGCCGGAGAUAAGAAAAUCAAUCUGUACAGCGAAGAUGACGGAUGGGGAGAAAUCAUUUGUGUUUGACCUCCUAUCCAAACGCCGUCAACUACAAUUAACAAGUGUUCGACACAAGACGACGAUACAGUACGCGGCACGGCCUGACAUGCCAAAGCUGGCGUACAGAAAGGUGACAGGGAAGAGUCCAGGAGUGGUGUUCCUGCCUGGUUAUGCCUCAAACAUGGGCGGUCUGAAAGCAGAAGCUUUAGAAGAGUUCUGCAAGUCUUUAGGGCAUUCGUAUCUCAGGUUUGACUAUUCUGGCUGUGGGUCCUCUGAGGGGGAAAUAAAAAACUUCAACAUCGGUGCUUGGAAGAAAGAUGUCCUCUAUGUACUGGAUGAACUAGUGGAAGGACCACAGAUUCUGGUAGGUUCCAGUAUGGGCGGCUGGCUGAUGCUGUUGGCUGCUCUUUCACGGCCGGAGAGGAUCGCCGCUUUAGUGGGCAUCUCCACAGCUGCCGAUCACUUCGUCACAGCCUUCCACACGCUGCCAAUAGAGACGAAGAAGGAGGUUGAAGAACAGGGCUUGUGGAAGUUCCCUACCAAGCACAAUGAAGAAGGUUUCUAUAAUCUGAGCGUGGACUUUCUGAAGGAGGCGGAGAAUCACUGCAUACUCCACAGCCCCAUCCCUAUGACCUGUCCCGUACGUCUCAUCCACGGCCUCAAGGACUCCGACGUCCCCUGGCACGUCUCCAUGCAGGUCGCCGAGCGAGUGCUUUCCAACGACAUAGACGUUAUUCUUCGCAAACACGGGCUCCACCGCAUGUCCGAGAAAGAUGACAUUAAGUUGAUGGUGUACACUAUAGAUGAUCUUAUCGAUAAACUGACCACGCUGGGGUAACAGAGUGAUGAGAUAAUGCAGGGGGAGGGGGGAUUCAAACAUGCUUGACUUUUAGAAAUUUUGAAGAAUUUUCAUUCUGUGACCAAUGACCAGAAUGAACAUUUUUCUGAUUUUUUUUGCUUUCCACCAAACAAACACUUUAGGACAUCAAAAGUAAACAGUAUAUCUUUUUUAGAGUGAAGUGUUCCUUGAAGCUUUCUGAGCGAUUCAGUUGUGAAAUGUUGCAUGUUAUUCUUUUUUUUUUUUUCAUGACACAGAUUGCAUCUGUUUAACACUAGUAAAUACAAUUAAGUCUGAAAAGGACGUAUUCGUGCAGGUUUUUUCAACCCAAAUCAAAAUGCCAAACUGUUGUAGACAUGUAUCGUAUCAUGAACCUCAUAUUAUUCUUGUUUAUAUUUUUUCUUGUUCAACUCUUAUGUGAUCAUUUUUGGAACGCUUAAACCUGUAGCAUUAUAAACUUUUCAUUUUUACGAGUAGCAUGGCACAGUGUUUCAGAUGUGAAGACACCUUAACGUCUUCAGUUUGUGCACUUCAGAUUUCACACUUGAGAUACAGUCAUGUAAACCCGUGUUAAAGGUUCUCGUGUAAAAUGUCUUUUUUGUCUGAAAGGUGUGUAAUGAGCUGUUUUCUUGGACAAAGUGUAGAAUAAGAAAUGACAUGUAUUCACUUGGUUUAAACUUUACUCUCAUUAUUUCAGAGCAUCACUGUUUUUCGGUGAACUGGAAAAGAAAGAUCAUGCAUAUAGAAUGGACCCAGAGGUUCCGUUUUAAUCGUAUGCAAGCUUUCUGUAUUUUGGGGACAGAUGAUGGAAAAUAGAAAAUGUGUUUUUGUUUUGUUUUUCAAUUUAGAUAUCUUUAUAUAUAUAUAUAUAUAUAUUUACUUUACACUAUGCAAUAUUUUUUAUCAGUUUUUUUACCACCAGCUGCCUUCUGUGUUACAUGUCGUACUUUCCUUUACAGUAGUAUCCACAGAUUUAAAAAGCCAUUUUUCCUCCAGUGACAACGUUUUUCUUUUUGCGUAGUGCAUGUUUUUUCAGAUUGUUAACUGAAAGUAUUAUCACAUUUUCCUUCUUUUUUUUGGUGAACAGUAUAAAAGCUUUUUCAAAUUUA